ACUACAAAUAUGGUACUGUCCGACGGCAGGUCGGAGUUCACAAGAUCUGCAGUGUGUCGUCCCUUGGCCGUGUUUUUAAUUGUCUGAAAGGUUUAAUUAUCGCUUUAUAUAACGUUGAAGAAUGUCUUCUGAUUCUGGUUAUGGCCAACAUGGCGCACAGCAACAAAGUUACGCAUCAUAUGGCGCCCCUCCUGCCCAGGGCUACCAGCAAAGUGCACAGGGCUACGGCCAGGGGAACGACGGGGCCUCGUACGGCGGACAGAGCUACGGCUCGGGGUACGGGCAGCACGCAGCCGAAAGUUAUGGGCAGACCGCGCAGAGCUACCCCUCCGGGGGGUACGGGCAGCAGCAGCCAGCGCCACCGCCGCAACAGCAGAGCUACGACAGCUACGGGCAGCAGAGCGCGGAGCCUUCGACUGGAGGGUACAGUGGAAAGCCAGCUUAUGGUCAGCAAUCUGGCUAUGGUGACCAGGGAUCCUACGGACAAUCUCAAGGGGGUUAUGGAAGAAGGAAUGAUGGUGACACUGGUCAGGGGAUGAGGAGGUAUGGAGGCGAUGAGGGGAGCCGUUCCGAAGGUUUCGGCGGCGGAUAUGGAUACAGGGGCAGGGGACGCGGAGGGUACGACCGGGACGGAAGAGGCGGAGGCAUGGGUGGUGGUGACCGUGGUGGCUACAAAAAUUUCGGUGGCCCGAGAGAUGAUGGACCAAGACAUGAUUCAGGUGAUCAGGACAACUCCGACAACAACACCAUCUUUGUCCAAGGGCUUGGGGAAGACGUCUCCACUCACGAGGUCGCGGACUACUUCAAACAGAUCGGGAUCAUCAAGUUGAACAAGAAGACGGGGCUGCCCAUGAUUAACCUGUACACCGACAAAGCCACCGGUAGACUGAAGGGAGAAGCCACCGUGUCGUUCGACGACCCCCCGUCCGCGAAGGCCGCCAUCGAUUGGUUCGACGGGAAGGAGUUCCACGGGCAGCCCAUCAAGGUGUCCUUCGCCACGCGACGGGCGGAGUUCCUGCAGCGGGGCGGCCGGGGACGCGGAGGGUUCAGAGGUCGUGGUGGUUUUGGAGGCGGACCUUCGUUUGACAUGAAGGGAGGCGAUUGGCCCUGUCCCAACAGGUAAGCGGUGACAUACCUUAAAAUCCC